GCUUCAGAUAGUUUCUUGCAUUUAAGUGACUGCAGUGAAAUGCUCAAUAUUUUCAGGCAUAGAAGUGGCAUUGACUGGAGCCAGCCAAAUUUGGAAGAUGUAAUCCCUUUGCUCCCAGCACAGAAUGCUUUAUUUGAAAGUAGUGCUGUGUAGAGAGCAGCUUCAGUGCCUUCUAACCUGCUCUCCCCAGAAGGUUGGCUGAAGGAUGGGAGCAGUGGCUGUGUCUGCCUGUGAGGUCACAGCUUGGAGUCCUUUUAACUCGCUUUCUGCUGCAGGAGAGAGGCAUAUUAUGGUAUGACUGAUGCUGCGUUUCCUCAGAUGGUCAAUUUGUAAGAAAUUCACACCCUAAGCAACGGAUAACUCAAUAUAUAAGGUGUGUAACAUCAUUCAACUGCCAUAGGCUAAAAUAUUUUGGGAAACUGAAUAUAACUUCCACAGGAAAAAAAAAGAUGAAAAUGUGGUUUCUGGUCAAUUUCCUUGUGAUAAUACCAUUUACAACCUGUUUAUCAGAAUUUUCAUGGCACAGAAGGUAUGGUCAUGGAGUUUCUGAGGAAGACAAAGGGUUUGGACCAAUUUUUGAAGAGCAACCCAUCAAUACCAUUUACCCAGAGGAAUCACCUGAAGGAAAGGUCUCAUUGAACUGCAGGGCACGAGCCAGUCCUUUUCCAGCUUACAAAUGGAGAAUGAAUAAUGGUGAUGUUGAUCUGACAAAUGAUCGAUACACCAUGGUAGGAGGAAACCUUGUUAUUAACAACCCUGAUAAACAAAAAGAUGCUGGAAUUUACUACUGCUUGGCAUCAAAUAACUAUGGGAUGGUCAGAAGCAUUGAAGCAACUCUGAGCUUUGGAUAUCUUGACCCUUUCCCACCUGAGGAACGCCCUGAGGUCAGAGUGAAAGAAGGGAAAGGAAUGGUGCUUCUCUGUGAUCCCCCGUACCAUUUUCCAGAUGAUCUUAGCUACCGCUGGCUUCUAAAUGAAUUUCCUGUAUUUAUCACAAUGGACAAACGAAGAUUCGUGUCUCAGACAAAUGGCAAUCUCUACAUUGCAAAUGUGGAGGCAUCCGAUAAAGGCAAUUAUUCUUGUUUUGUAUCCAGCCCUUCUAUAACAAAGAGUGUAUUCAGCAAAUUUAUCCCACUCAUCCCACUACCGGAACGAACAACAAAACCAUAUCCUGCCGAUAUUGUAGUUCAGUUCAAGGACAUAUAUGCAUUGAUGGGCCAAAAUGUAACUUUAGAGUGUUUUGCCCUUGGCAAUCCAGUCCCUGAUAUCCGAUGGCGCAAAGUCCUAGAACCAAUGCCAAGCACAGCUGAGCUCAGCACUUCUGGAGCUGUUCUUAAGAUCUUCAAUAUUCAGCUAGAAGAUGAGGGAACAUAUGAGUGUGAGGCUGAAAACAUCAGAGGGAAGGACAAACAUCAAGCAAGAAUUUAUGUUCAAGCAUAUCCUGAGUGGGUUGAACAUAUCAAUGACACAGAGGUGGACAUUGGCAGUGACCUCUAUUGGCCUUGUAUUGCCACAGGGAAGCCCAUCCCUACAAUCCGAUGGCUGAAAAAUGGUUAUGCGUAUCACAAAGGGGAAUUGAGGCUAUAUGAUGUGACUUUUGACAAUGCUGGGAUGUACCAGUGCAUAGCUGAAAAUACACAUGGAGCCAUUUACGCGAAUGCUGAGUUGAAGAUUUUGGCUUUGGCUCCGACAUUUGAAAUGAAUCCUAUGAAAAAGAAGAUCUUGGCUGCUAAAGGAGGAAGGGUUAUAAUUGAGUGCAAACCAAAAGCUGCACCUAAGCCCAAAUUUUCAUGGAGUAAAGGCACAGAAUGGCUUGUCAAUGGCAGUAGAAUACUCAUUUGGGAAGAUGGCAGCUUAGAAAUUAAUAAUAUUACAAGGAGUGAUGGAGGUCUCUAUACCUGCUUUGCAGAAAAUAACAGAGGGAAAGCUAAUAGCACUGGAACUCUUGUUAUCACAGAUCCCACACGCAUUAUACUGGCACCACUUAAUGCUGAUAUCACUGUUGGAGAAAAUGCCACCAUGCAGUGUGCUGCUGCCUUUGACCGCACCCUGGAUCUUACAUUCGUUUGGUCCUUCAAUGGCUAUGUGAUUGAUUUUACCAAAGAGAAUGUUCACUACCAGCGGAAUUACAUGCUGGAUGCUAACGGGGAACUUCUUAUCCGAAAUGCCCAGCUGAAGCAUGCUGGGAGAUACACGUGCACCGCUCAGACAAUCGUGGACAAUUCCUCAGCUUCUGCUGACCUUGUUGUGCGAGGUCCUCCAGGCCCUCCAGGUGGUCUGCGGAUAGAAGACAUCAGAGCUACUUCCGUGGCAUUGACUUGGAGCCGUGGCUCAGACAAUCACAGUCCUAUAUCUAAGUACACUAUCCAGACAAAGACAAUUCUUUCAGAUGACUGGAAAGAUGCAAAAACAGAUCCACCAAUUAUUGAAGGAAAUAUGGAGGCAGCAAGAGCAGUGGAUUUAAUACCAUGGAUGGAGUAUGAAUUUCGUGUGGUAGCAACCAAUACAUUGGGUAUAGGAGAACCCAGUUUACCGUCAAACAGAAUUAAAACAGAUGGUGCCGCACCUAAUGUGGCUCCUUCAGAUGUCGGAGGUGGGGGUGGAAGCAACAGAGAGCUGACUAUAACAUGGGCUCCUUUGUCACGAGAAUACCAUUAUGGCAACAAUUUUGGUUACAUUGUGGCAUUUAAACCAUUUGAUGGGGAAGAAUGGAAAAAAGUCACAGUGACGAAUCCAGAUACUGGCCGAUAUGUCCAUAAGGAUGAGAACAUGCGCCCAUCUACUGCAUUUCAAGUUAAAGUGAAGGCCUUCAACAAUAAAGGAGAUGGACCUUACAGUCUCACGGCAGUCAUCAACUCAGCACAAGAUGCUCCCAUUGAAGCUCCAACAGAAGUAGGAGUAAAAGUUUUAUCAUCUUCUGAGAUAUCUGUUCAUUGGGAACAUGUUGUUGAAAAAAUAGUAGAAAGUUAUCAGAUCCGGUACUGGGCUGCCCAUGACAAAGAAGCUGCUGCACACAGAGUUCAAGUCACCAGCCAAGAGUACUCAGCCAGACUGGAGAACCUUCUUCCAGAUACCCAGUACUUUGUGGAAGUCAGGGCCUGCAAUAGUGCUGGAUGUGGACCUCCCAGUGACAUGAUUGAGACCUUCACUAAAAAAGCACCUCCCAGCCAGCCACCCAGGAUCAUCAGUUCCAUAAGGUCUGGUUCACGUUACAUAAUCACCUGGGACCAUGUGGUGGCACUGUCAAAUGAAUCUACAGUGACAGGAUAUAAGGUACUUUAUAGACCUGAUGGCCAGCAUGAUGGCAAGCUGUAUUCAACUCACAAACACUCCAUAGAAGUCCCAAUCCCCAGAGAUGGAGAAUAUGUCGUAGAGAUCCGUGCACACAGUGAUGGAGGAGAUGGAGUAGUGUCUCAAGUUAAAAUUUCAGGUGCAUCCACCUUUUCACCAAAUCUUCUCGGCUUACUGCUGCCUGCCCUUGGCAUCCUUGUCUACUUGGAAUUCUGAAUGUGGUGUAACAGCUACUGUCCUCAACUCAGCUCAGAGGACACCCUUCAUCCCAAUGACAACCACACUUCCUUCCAAUUCCUAUGGCUCCAUCCUAAGCCAAAUAAAUUAUACUUUACAAGCUAUCCAGAUGAUUCACAACACAUAUUAUGACUGAGGCAUUCAGGAACCCCUUCAUUCAAAAGAAUAACACUUACAAUGGAUAGAAAAUGGUUUUUAACUCGUUCCAAUAUGCCUUAUAAACCACUUAACCUGAUUCUGUGACAGUUGCAUGAUUUAAUUCAAUGGAACAAGUUACAGUGUUCAAUUCUAUAGGCUGUAGAGUGAAAGUAAAAUCACCAUACACAGGUGCUUUAAAUUUAAUAACAAGUUGUGAAAUAUAAUAGAGGUUGAAAUGUUGAUUGUAUGUGGUACAUGUAAGAAUAAUACAGUCUCUUGUACUAUCUUCUCUGUUUAGGGUCUUGAAUAUUUUGAAUGGCCUGGGCCUAUCAUCCAUGGUAUUUUGAGUUUUCUUGAGAAAAGAGAAUAAUUGCAACCUUAUGAAAAAUUUCAUUACCUAAAUUAUGUCACUGACUGAGUUGAGAGAUUUUGAAUAUUAGUUACCAAAAUUCAAAACUUACUAUCAGUAUUAUUAUUUUUGAAGUAAUUUUCCAAAUAUUUGAAUAAAACUUUCAUUUAGCUUUUUCAUAGUAAAGUUAGCAUACCAUGUUUUUUUUAAUUUUUGCAUUCUCUGCUGUUAUUUUGUUUUUCUUAUCAAUUUCAUGCCUCAAAAAUUAUAGCUCUUAUCUUGAGUAUCAUUAUAUCACUGUACUUAUUCAUAUGUGGAAUGAUGAAUUUUGAAAGGUAGAGUGCUUCCAUUUUUUAAAUCAAGAUGUGACAGUCUUUAUACAGCUAGUAAUAAAUGAAUAUCAAUUAUCUAAUAAUAGUCUAGUAUGUUUGCUUUUAUCCAUAGUUUCAAAGUAUAGCAUUUCUUUAUUGGAGGUGUGGGAUCAAGAAAUUACCUGCAGUAUUUCUUAUAUAUAUAUGUAUAUAUAUACAUAUAUAUAAUUUAGUUUAAACUCAUUCCCAAUUCAAUGCAAUAAUGAAAACUGGCUAAAAAUACCAAAUCAUGACAAUGGUACUUAGAAGUGUAUACAAAACUGGAAGACCAGGAGGAGACAAGUAAUGUGUCUGUUCAAUGGUGUCUCCCAGGUGCUGGUGCUUUAGGAUUUUAUAACUUAUGAAAAGAAAGACACAUUUCUUCAUUCUUCAUGGUGUGUACGGAAAUGUGUUUGAGUGUGGAUGUGAAAUGAAUCAAAUAAUGAAGGGUUAGCUGGCUCAUGAAAUAGUGCAAUGUCUGAUGAUUUAAGAGGUAUAAUCCUAUUUUAUUAGCACAACCUUGCUAGCUAAUUAGAGUUUAUCUUUUUAGAAAGGAUACCUUAUAGGUUCAUAAAAAAUAUUUACAGGGAGCAAAAUAUAUCUAUUAAGACUUUACCCCUUUUCUUUAAUUUGUAUAAUUUUGUACUAUAUAUCUAUGUGUAAAUGUUUAGAGCUUUCAUUAUGAAAAUAUCAACGUAUUUUAUUAGUUAAAUUUAACUCUUUGUUAUAAAAUGAAACUUUCUAAAAGCAAGUAAAAAGUAUGAUUUCCCAGUGGAAGUAAUGUCAAAAUCUUAAAACCCCUACCGUAUUUCAUAAAAUAUUUAAUUAUUUGAAAAAGAAACAAAAUAGCUUCAUACUUAUGGGAAAUAUAUACUCUGUAAGCCUUCUCUGUAUAACUGUUUAUGUUGUCAUUGCUAUACUUUGAUUUUUCCUUUUGCAAUGUGACCUAUGUAGGUCAUUUUUAUAUAAUUGACAAUAACUCAAUCUUUUGCCAAAUGCAUGCUUGCCUUUUUUUUUUUCCCCUAUCGUAUGGUAAUAAAGAGCAAAACUGGCUAGAUUUUGCAUGAAAUGGUUCUGAAAGAUAAGGAGAAAACAGACUUGGGGGUUUUUUUGCUUAAUUAUUAAUUUGUGGCAGAUAAGGUGGAUUAAAAUCUCUCAUACACUGUUAACUCCAGCUUUUUAUUUCCUCAUGUUAGUGUACAAAUUUGACUAGAACCAUCAGUUUUAAAUGGUUGUCACACUAACUAAUGCGUCAUCUGCUUUAAGAUACAGAAUUAUGAAUUAAAAUUUAUAUAGACAUAGACACAUCUAGUUUUUCUUUGUAUUUCAGGAAAGGUGAUUGUAGUUUUAUUUGAUACUGAUAAAUACUGAAUUGUUUUUUUUUUAAUUUUUUAUCAUUUUUUUCAAUGGACUAGUAUAGGACCGUGCUUUGUCCUUUUUAUGAAUGAAAACAAGUUAUAAAGAAAUAAAUGUCUUACUGUUACCCAAGAAA